AUGGAUAGCGACGGGAAUAACAACAUGGGUAAUCAAAAUGAAACAUGCGGUCUGCUACCUUUUGUCUUCGAACCGCUCCCGCUGGGUGCAAUCAAGCCGCUAGGCUGGCUGAGUGAUCAGUUGACGCUGAUGGCCAACGGCCUCGCAGGCCAUGAGUUUGAAUUUUACCAAAUUGUCCGCGACAAUCCCUGGCUGGGCGGGACCCGCGAGUACAGCAACCUCAACGAGGCUAUGCCCUACUGGUUCAACGGACUGGUUCCGCUCGCCUACCAGACCCAGGAUAAGCGACUGCUCGAGCAGGUCCGGAAGGCAGCAGACUACAUACUCACCAACCAACAGCCGGAUGGCUGGCUGGGGCCCGAAACUACAGUGCCCCGAAGGAACUUUUGGGCUAGGUAUCCUAUCUUCUUGGGGUUUGCGCAAAUGGUAGAAGCGCAGGCUGGCACUCCUGAGGCAGAAAGGAUUUUGAAUGCGAUGCACAAGUUUGUUCAGCUGAUGCAUUCGAUGCUGUCUAACAAUUUGCAAGGGUUGGUUUGGCACGAGGGUGAUGAUUUCAAUGAGCAGUGGGGCCGAUCUCGGGCGGCGGAUAUGAUAUUAGCUCUGCAGUGGCUUUAUGAGACCGAUCCCAGGGAGAAUGCCGGCAAAUUGUUUGAAUGUAUGGAGUUUUUCAGGAAAGGAGGACAUGACUGGUCUUGGUGGUUCUCUGAGGAAAAUUAUAUCAAGGUAGAUCUUGAUACUAUGCCUCGAAAGGAGACUGACAGGUUAUAUCAUUUCGUGCAUGGGGUCAAUGCUGGACAGGGCUUAAAGGCUGGUGCAGUUAUCAGGAGGUUUACACAUGACGACGCUCUGUUGGAGUCUGCUCGGAGGGGCGUUAAUUGGACGUUCCUUUAUCAUGGUGGCCCGUCUGGGGGUAUCAUUGCGGAUGAGCGACUCGUAGGUUUAAGCCCAGUGCGAGGCACGGAGUUGUGCUCUGUUGUCGAGUCAAUGUACUCGCUCAGUUACCUCUACCAGUCUAUUGGAGAUCGGGACUUUGCAGACAGAUGCGAACUAGCAGCCUUCAACGCGCUUCCUGUCAUGGUGACCCCGGACUGGUGGGCUCACCAGUACAUAGCUCAGAUCAACCAGCCCGUCUCCCACGAAGUCAACCCUACACCGUGGUUUAACGUUGGAUCUCGAGCGCAAACGUUUGGCCUACAGCCUAAUUACCCCUGCUGUACUGUCAACCACCAUCAAGGAUAUCCCAAAUUCGUGUCCGGCAUGUUCGUGCGGAACGGCGAGGUUGGCAUUGCGCAUGCGCUACUUGGGCCAGCUGAGGUUCAAACCAGAACAAGGUCGGGGACUAAAGCAAAUAUCAGAUGCGAAACAAACUAUCCAUUCGAGAAUGUAUUGUACUACAGGGUCGACGCAGGGGGGCAGUUUACAUUUUCUUUCAGGGUUCCUCUGUGGGCAAACAACGUCGAGUCCUCGGUGUCCAUUGAUGGCGCUCCAGGUUCUCUGUUGCAGCCAAACCCAGCGACAGGAAUGCACCACGUCGACUUAACUCCAGGGAAACAUGUAGUCAUCGUCUCCUUUGCGACCGCAGUCCGCGUCGAGCCGCGUGCCAACGACACCGUCGCAAUUUACCACGGAGCGCUCCUCUACUCCCUCCCAAUCGACGCACAAAUCACCAGCGUGAAGACCAAUUACCCCGGCGCACCGAACAAUGCUCAGGAAUACACGAUGAAACCAACCUCGAAAUGGGGGCUGGCGAUUGAUCCAUCGACAGUCCGCUUCAACGGGCUGGCACCCGCUUCUGAUGCACCCAACAACGUAAGUCGUCUACCUAACCCUCUCUGGGCGGAAAAGGAGACACCGACUUCGAUUUCGGCGAUGGUGUGCGAGAUCAAGUGGGAGUUGACAGAGCCCAAGGAGCGUGGGUAUGCGCCGGAGCCCCCCUUGGUAGGGCAGCGGGAGUGUAUUGGGAGGCCUUUCGAGAUCAAUUUAGUGCCAUAUGGAGGAGCGAGGUUGCAUAUGGCAGAACUCCCUACUGUUAAGCUGGUGUAG